AUGGUCUGGCUUGGCAGUGACAGCAAAGCUCUCAAGGACAGGGGAAAUUCUUCUCCCACCUUAGCAACAAUAGCCUCCACGGAGCUGGUGGUUCUGCUGGAAGAUGAAGUCUUUGUAGAUUUUUUCAACACAUUCCUGAAUCUCCCAGUCUUUGGCCAGACACCCAUUUACAUGGCCAACAUUUGCCAGUGGUUCCUGUGGCCAGAGUUACCGUGUUACCUGGUGCCAAAGUACAAAGGCUUAUUGACCUGGAUGGAAAAGUACCGGCUGCCGCACUUCUGUAAAACCAACUUGUGUUUUCAUUACAUUCUCUGUCAGGAGCUUCUCAGUUUCAUUAGAUCCAAGGAGGCAGCAGAGAUGCUGAAAUGGAAGAGUGCAGAUCAAUGGCUGCUCGAAAAGUGCAUUAGCGGUAGCAGGGGAAUGUGGCGCUUUCGUUCUUUCAUCCAAGGAAUGGCAGGUGACCACAGAGAGCUUCCUUCAUACUGCCCCUUACUUCCCUAUGUAUCCAUAGUUUGUGCAGAGUGGCAAUCCCUGCAUCUGGACAUUGGGAUAUGUAACGGGGAAGAGCUGACAAAAUUCUGGCUUGCUGCAGAAAGGCUCUUGGAGAUUGAUGAGUCAGAUAUUGCCCAGCGAGAUCUCUACCUGUCUCUGCUCCAAGUGCUGAGGGCCACUUAUUUGCAGGAGGGCUCCACAGUGGUCACCCUCUGCAGCAUGAGCAUUGAGUCUCUGUUGAAGAUCUCAGGCUGGCACCCUCAGCACAUCAGCACCAGGAGGGAGCUCCUGAGCGAGAUGCAGAAAGUAGCCCUGUUUAAGAUCCAAAGUUAUUGGCUCCCUAACUUCUUCAUUCAUUGCAAGCUGAACAUGGAGAAGGAGGAUGCCUGCCAGCCUCUAAUGUGGGAAUACCAAAAGCGUUUAUUACAGGUGUGCUCCAAGGCGAAGGCAAUAUCUCCAGCACUCACAAUGAGUAUCAGGAACAGCCGGGCUACGUCAGAGCCGUACUCCAGUAAAAAAGCCAAGGAGCAGAUCUGGGAUCUUGUAACUUGUGGACAACAACCUAAAGAAACAGAGAAACAUGGGAGACAUGGGCUGCAGCCCGAGGGGCAGCCAAGCUCAGACUGGAGUGCAACUAGUCUGACAGACAUGAAGCAACCACCUCCUAAAGAGGAUGCCCUGGGAAAGACUUCUGUGUGGGCACAACAUCCAGAAAGGGGUGUUAAAGAUAUGGAAAAGGCCACUUCUUUCAAAACACCCAGCCCUAAUGCCCAGUUGCCUCUUCAACUGGAGGAGAUUGGCAAAAGGAGAAGCCUCUCUGAUUUACGUACUUGUACACCCAUUGCCCAGCUGCCUUCACUGCUAGCCCUGAAAAAGAUCAUCAAAUCCUCUUCUUCUUUGGAUUUCCUUCCUUGGGCAUUUAAUGCCGACAGCUGUGCUGGCCGCCCCUUCAGGAAGUUCUUGAAGAGCAAGAACUAUGCUGUGGAGACUCAUCUUUUGGAUCUGUGGCACGAUCUGGAGGAUUUUCUGCGCAUGGUGCUGAGCUCUAGCAAAGGAGGCAGCUUCCUCCUGCGCCAUUUGAUGGGUGAGAGAAUAUGUGAGAUCUAUUUAACAGAAAGCAACCACCAGCACCUUCCCCUGAAGCUGAACACUCUCAGGAACCUGCAAGAUCUUCUGCCUUCUGGAGAGGUCAUUCCUUGGAUAUUAAAAGCACAGGAAGAGAUUUGCAAGAUACUCAGCUUCUUCUACAAUGACUUCCUUGCUGAUGAUGAUGAAACAUUUCUUCAUUUUGUGUCUCAGAGGAGCAAGGUCCAGAAACCUGUGGGAAAAGAGGAGACUUAUGGAAAAGAUGAACACCUUCUGCUGGCCAAGAGGAUAAACGAAUCCCUGACUCUGAGCCAAGCCUUGUAUGGAGUGAGGGACUUCGAGACACUCUCAGAGGAGCACUGGAGAUUCAUAGCCACUCAGGAUCUCACAAAAGGGGGAUCGAUUCAGGUUGAACUGGAGCCUGUUGUGCACAAGACAGACUACAGGAGCAUGACGUUCGAGGAGCUGACCCUCAGAAAUCCUUCAAUGGCUGUAGAAGUGUUAAGUGAGGACUAUGAGCUCUUCUGCAGAAUGUUUCCCUCCCUAGCGUUUGAUCUUGAAUACGAAGAGAGGAAGUGUGUUCGCCUGAGCAAGACAAGUCUGUCCCUCAUGAGGAGGGAGAACCUCAUGUUAAGGAAGCCCUCUCUAAGACCCAGGUAUCUCAUGGAAGUACUGCACAACCCCGUCCACCUGGAGUUUUUCAGGCAAUUCCUCAAACAACAUAACGUCGAAGCCCCACUGCUCUUCUGGCAGGCGGUGGAGAAGCUCAACACAGAGUCCAACCCCAAAGCUCAGAGAGCUUUGAUCAACAAUAUCCUCAAGAAUUUCUUCCACAACAAAGUGCCUGCUGAGGAACUGCUGCAAUGCCAAGCUUCCAUCAUCAGAGAUAUACCCAAGGCCAGCCUGGUCACCAGCUCCAUGCUAUUCACAGCACAGAGCUUUGUCCUGAAAGCAAUGGAAGAGAAAUGGUUUAAGAUGUACCAAGAUUUAUACCCUGGGAGCGAUAUUUUUGACACUCACUUGGUCACGAGGCAGGGAAGGGGAUCCUUCAUAAAGGACAAGCUGAAGAGAGUGUGGUUCGUGCUCCAGGCUUUCAUCAGGAGCAUCUGCAAGUUCCAGAGGGAGAUGAACAAUCGGAAAUCCCGCAAAGACUUUGAGGACUUUCUGCGGAGGGAGCUCGUAAAUCAAAAAGAAAACUUGCCCAGUAGCUCCAUGCGCAGUACCAUUGCCGUGGCUAGCCCCCGCCAGGCUGUGCCGGCUGCCAGCACGGGAGAGGAUGUGGAGGUGAUACAGGUGAAGCGCCGGCUCUUUAACCAGCGGCACAUUUCCAUCAACUUCUUGGUCAACGACCUCAGUUUUUACCUGGAGAUUGAGAAGUUUUGUCACCUGGCUGAUUCGGCCGCAGUGCUCGCAGCCUGCGGGAUGUACACCGAGAGGGACGUCGCCUUUCUUAAGACCAAAGUGGCCACGAUCGCCAAACUCUUCCUGAACUCCGAAGUCCCUCCUAAACUGCGGGUGAACAUUUCUGAGGGCCAGAAAGAUUUAAUCCGGAAUUUAGCUGCCAAAGGGGUCCUGGAUCGCAGCCUCUAUCACAUGGCCUUGCUCAACGUCUUCCCAGUUCUGAUAUACUUCUGGAAAAGAUACUGUAACUGGAAGGUAAUGGAGUCCUUCCGCAGGUACCCAAAGAUAAAAAAAAAUCUCUCUCCACUCCCAGCGAAGGCAUCACCUAGAACAUCCAGUAUCUUCAGUGGGGAGGACUAUCCAAUCAUUAGGUUCACGCUGCUCAAGGGGAUCCAGCUGCUGCUACCGCAGCCUCGGGAGGAAGUGGAUUCUUCUACAGAGCAAAAGUCAUCGUCUGGAAGCCUCAGCUGGAAAAAGCCUCCCUCUGGCAUUUGCGUGACCCAACAGAUCGGGCAACAGCUUCAAGAUGCUUCUAAAAAGCCAUCCUAAUCCAUCCCCAUUUUCACGAUUUGAGUGCAUCCAGAGGCUGGCUCUGAAGGCACAGCAGUGCUCCAGGUCAGGACUGAGGUGUACUAGCAAGGCCGUGGUGGGAGGUCUGGACUAGAAUAUCAGGAGUUGUGGCAGUUCAAGCAUUAGGUGCUUUGGCAGACCUACAGGUUGCACAACACCUGUUCUCAUAGUCCUUGGCUAUGGACAAUGAUGGCAUCUUCUGCCUUCAAUAAUGUUCUUUAAUCACUAGCCCCUUCCCCCAUAAAGAAAUAAGUGGAAGCAAAAGAAAGAAAGAAAGAAAGGUCAAGGGAGGCAGGCCUAGGCACUAGGACAGGCAGUGCCUGCCCACCCUUCUACUUGGGGGACAAUAGCAGAGAGCAGCCAGCCAGAAACUCCAGCCAGCAGGGCAGGAGCAGCCAGAGCAGGGACCUCUAGACAUCGCAGUCAAAACUGUAGCCGGUUCUGACUUUCCCUGCCCUGACUGGCUGUUUGCUCCAACCCUCCCUCCCCCUCCUCACAGUAUCUUCACCUCACCUUCAGUCCACACCUGCUCCUCUUAUCUUCUCUUCCCCUGCCCUGUCCCCUUCACUUCCCUUUCCAUUUGGCUGAUCCCCUCCUAAGUAAACCCACCCCUCACCCCGGUCCAAAAUAGUAGUGGAACGAACAUGAUGUUUUCUGCUUUCCCGCUGAUCGCUCCACUUGUGUGUUAGACCCCUUCCCCCAGCCUGGGGCUGUCUAGUCUCUAGAGACAAUAUUGUCUCAUUGUUUCCUUGUACUUCCCAGUCGGUCCAUCUCCACCUGUUAUCUCAUCUUGAGAUUCUAAGCUCUUUGGGGCUGGGGCUAUCUUUUUGUUCUGUGUUUGUCCAGCUCCUAGGGCUGUGGUCCAUCACUGGGGCUACUAGGCACUUCCGUAACAUCAAUAAAUAAUAAUUGAUAGAUUUGCUGCUUGGGUGUAUUGAUUCCCUGGGUGUACUGCUCUUGUCCCAGUUCCAACAACUUACACAAAGUAAGCGGGCCCCCUCUGUGCCUUUGAAGCAACAUUGCAGGAGAAUCUGGUCUCUCUGUAAGGCCUUGUCUACAGGGCCGGUGCAAGGAUGUUUUGCACCCUAGGCAAA